UUCAGCCCGUUGUGUCUGAUACUAGACGAUGCGACCUAACCGUGAGAAUACUUACAUAUACAAAAUACGAGAGACCUCAUUUCACUACAUUUCCGCCGGGCAUACCCGAAAGGUAUUGAAAAGAGGGUUUUUGAGACCGCUCCCCUGCCUCAGUGUCACGUGACUCGGAUCGCCUAAAUACCGAAUCGGAGCGACAGUGUUUCGCUUUUACUUUGUCCUUGAUGAUGAUGGCAGCUCAGGAUUUCAAUUUUUUACUUGCGACGGACUCCUAUAAGAUUACCCACUACAAGCAAUACCCUCCAGAUGUCAGUAAGGUCUAUUCCUAUUUUGAGUGCCGGCACAAUAAGGGGGGACAGUUCAGUGAGGUUGUGUUUUUUGGCCUCCAGUAUCUCCUGAAGAAAUAUCUAUCAGGUCAAGUUGUCACAGAGGAGAAGAUCCAAGAGGCUAAAGUCUUUUAUCAGAUGCACUUUAGACAGAAGGUGUUUGAUGAAGAGGGAUGGCGGAAAGUUUUAGAGAAAUAUGAUGGCCGUCUUCCAAUCCGUAUCAAAGCAGUUCCCGAGGGGAAGAUCAUUCCUAGAGGCAACGUUCUCUUCACUGUGGAGAACACGGAUCCAGAUUUCUUCUGGCUUACCAAUUUUAUCGAGACUAUGCUGGUCCAAAUGUGGUACCCCAUCACCGUGGCAACAAUCUCCAGGGAGUUCAAAAAAAUUCUGGCCAAGCACCUGAAAGCCACAUCGGGGAGCUUGGAGGGCUUGGACAUCAAGCUGCAUGAUUUCGGCUACAGAGGCGUGUCUUCACAAGAGUCAGCAGCACUGGGUGGAGCUGCCCAUCUGGUGAAUUUCAGCAGCACGGACACAGUGGCAGGUCUACUCAUGGCACAGCGAUACUAUGCAUGUCCUAUGGCUGGAUUCUCUAUCCCUGCAGCAGAACACAGCACUAUCAUUUCCUGGGGCAAGAGCCGAGAGAAGGAUGCAUUCGAGUGUCUGCUGGACCAGUUUCCCACCGGGCCUGUAGCUGUGGUUAGCGACAGCUAUGACAUUUUUAAGGCUUGUAAGCACAUCUGGGGUGAUAAGCUGAAAGAGAGAGUGAUGGAGAGGAGUGAGGAUUCUGCUCUCAUUAUACGGCCGGACUCUGGGGACCCUGCUGAGACCCUCAUUGAGGUGAUAAAGAUUUUGGAGGAAUGCUUUGGUUGUUCCCAGAAUUCGAUGGGUUACAAGGUGCUCCCUUCAUACCUGCGCAUUAUCCAGGGCGAUGGGAUUGAUCUGAACUCGAUUGAUGGGAUUUUGGAGAAACUGAGUGAUGAGGGCUGGAGUGCAGAGAACGUGUUUUUCGGUUGCGGCAGCGCACUAUUGCAGAAGAUCAACAGAGACACGCUUAACUGCGCUUUCAAGUGUAGCUAUGUGGAGAUCGAUGGCAAAGGCAUGGAUGUCUAUAAGCAACCAGUGACAGAUCCGUCUAAAGGAUCCAAGCGGGGUCGUCUCUCUCUGAGAAGAAACUCUGAUGGAUUGAUAGAGACUGUGGAAAGAGGAGAAGGCAAACCAGAGGAGGACAUGUUGGUGACAGUGUUUGAAAAUGGGACCGUACUACAGGAGUACACUCUGGAUGAGAUCCGUAAAGCCGCUCAGCUUUGGGAAGAAGAUGUGAGCCCUGCCCAGCACAAUAAAGAUGAAGGCACUACUCUGGAAAUCCACCAGAAGCUCAUAAUGAAUGGCGUGCAUUAAGAUCUAUACUCAAUGCACCGUUAUCUACACUGCCCCCUACAGACCAACCACUGACCUAUUCCACACAACACUUAAAUGUUCUCAGUCAACUUUUAGGCAUUUGUAGAUCACUUUGUUACCACUACGUUUAAACUUCUAUAUCAAAUCUGACCUUUAAACUUUUGAGGUAACCCAUAAAGUUUGGAUGCCAAGGUUUUUAAAUUUUACCAUGAUUCAUUUCUAAUUGAUAUUCAAUGCCAAAUAUCUGUAAUGGUGCUCUUACCAUAGGCAUGGGUUUUAGGAGUAGGCUGAUGACAGGGUUUGAGAGAGAUUGUGUUCAGUAGACAUGUUAUGUUGUUCAACUAUCACACUGUGGGUAAAUUGAUAAAUGAAGGAAACUUAAUUUGAGGUGAUCUAAUGACCAACUCCGGUUUUCUGUACCACCAGUUAUAGGUCCAUGUAAAGUACACUAAAUCCGUUAUUAUGCAUACAUGGACAAUUUUAUUUAAAAACACUUUUUGGAGGUUUUGGGGUUUGUGGAAUGUCUUUGAAUAUAUUUUCUAUAGUUUUUGAGCUACACAUAAAUUUCAUCACAGGUUCUCGUAAUGCAAUUCAUUGAAGCAUUUUGUCCUGCACAGAUUUAGUUUUUAGCCACUUUCACUGAUACAGAAUUCAAGAUUAGUGUCUAGGUGUUACAUAGCUUACUUUGAGGUUGCUUUGGUAAAAAAAUUGUUAGUAAAGACACAUUUCUUCUCAGCAAAUUAAUGAAAUGGCAAAUUGAUCUCGUUAUAGCCGUAAAAUUGUACCUGGGGUAAAUGCUCCAUAGAAAGCGUAAUUGAAAGCGUUUUUGGAGAAUUGGUUAGAGAUUUUUAUUAAGUUGGUUUUAGACUUCCAUCUAUGGUGCACAGAAUACAAAGCGGAUGCUUUCAGUAUUCUGUCUCCAUACAGCUGCUGACGGUGCCUUACGAAACCACUCUGACCUCAGUGCUGGUCUCUGUCUCUCAUUUCUUAUCUUAAUUUUCACACUUAAUAUUGACCUCCCUUGUAGUUUCUAUCAUCUCCCUUCUCUUUUCACAUUCUGUGACUCUCAUGAAUGACUGUUCAGGGCUUUGCUAUUUUGCAGUUUUCCUUCUGUUUUUCUUGUAAAGCUUCAGUUAUGUUCGACACCUAUAUGCUAAAGCUGAACGAGAUGGGCAGUGGGUUUAAACACAAUUUAUGUUGAUUGUCUGAAUAUCUGAAUAGAGAUUGAGCCUACCUCUUUUUUUAUGAAUACAGUGUAAUAUGAAUAAAUUAUCAUUACACUUUGAGUAAAUAGCAUAUAUUCUGUUGUGUAAAUACUUUAAAUGGUAGUGUGAAUGAGUGAGAUUUUAGCCUUCUUGUUGCUUUUUUAUUUUACAAAAGUGAGAUUUUUGUAUGACGAAAUGACAAGAAAAAAAUAAACGUAGCUUGAACUUUCUAAUUCUAA